AUGGCUUCGACAGUUCCUCAGGUCGUUCUCUUCGGAGAUUCUCUGUUCCAACAAUGCUCAGAUAUACAAGACGGUUUCUCUUUUCAAGCUGCUCUCCAGUCCGAUUUCAUUCGGCGUCUGGAUAUCGUGAACCGGGGAUACUCGGGCUUCAACACCGACAUCGCUCUGAGAUACCUUCCUGAAAUCUUCCUGGAGCGUACAGCCUCAUCCCCUAAGAUGGACUAUCUAGUUCUCCUGUUUGGCGCAAACGAUGCUGUGCUUCCUGGUGCUAUCACCAAGCAGCAUGUUCCUAUAGAUCGGUAUAAGGAAAACCUCACCAAAAUCAUCAACCACCCACGCAUCGCUGCCCACAAGCCCCAGAUUCUGCUGGUGACGCCUCCUCCCCUGGAUGAGAUCAAGACGACCCCUCGAUCCAUCGAGAAUGGCCACCAAGGAGCAGUUCGCAAGUCUGCUAUUAGCGCUGCCUACUCCGAGGUGGCUCGCGAGGUAGCGCGAGAAAACCCUGGGGUUAUUCUGGUUGACCUCUGGAAGGCCCAGAUGGACAAGGCCAUCUCCCUUACUCCUGACGAUUACACCCCUGGUGGACCAUGGCUAGGCGACCCCGAGAACGGUAAGCAGGGUGGUCUGGAUACUCUACUUCACGACGGGCUCCAUAUGAGCGGAUCUGGUUAUCGGGUAUUCUAUGAGAGCCUUAAGCCAUUUAUUGGUAAGGAGUGGCACGGCCUCGCGGACGAUGAUCGCAAGGGAUUUGUGAUCCCAGAUUGGCGAGAACUGCUGGAGCUUAAGCCCAAUCUGAACACUGGCGAUUAG